CAACAGGAGGAGUUUUACAGGCACGCUGGCUUUGGACACACACACUUAUGCACACAUUCAUAUAUAUAUAUAUAUAUAUACUCACAAACACACACACACACACACACACACAUAAGGGACCUGCUCCGACACACAAAGACACUCUUUCAGCAUUUUUAGAUAAUUUUCAUCAAGCAGACAUAUCUUGAAGAAAGGAUUUCCUGAGCCAAACUCUCCAGAAGGUCGUGAUGAAUGAGCACAGCUUGGCCAUCGAUUUUCUCCUCAUCUGCAUGUCUUGUGGAGCAGCAAGUGUGCUUGCAGCAUUCAAUUCCACCAUCUCUGCUCCACCAUCCACCAUGUUCUCUGACAAUAGCUCUAAAUAUCACAUGGACAAUGUAAACUUUCCAAAAACCAGACGGAAGAGGUACAUUUCCCAAGACGACCAACUGGCCAUUCUUGAUUACCACAAUAAAGUCAGAGGAAACGUUUUCCCGCCAGCUUCCAACAUGGAAUACAUGGUGUGGGAUGAAACCCUCGCUCAGAGAGCAGAAGAGUGGGCUACGAUGUGCCUUUGGGAACACGGGCCUCGCAAUCUUCUCAGAUUCCUUGGGCAAAACCUUUCUGUACGAACUGGAAGGUACAGAUCCAUUCUGCAGCUGGUGAAGCCAUGGUACGAUGAAGUGAAAGAUUAUUCUUUCCCGUAUCCACGUGACUGCAAUCCCAGAUGCCCUCUUAAAUGCUACGGCCCGAUGUGCACACAUUACACACAAAUGGUUUGGGCAACGUCGAAUAAAGUCGGAUGCGCGAUCCAUACAUGUCACAAUAUGAAUGUGUGGGGCUCAGUGUGGAGGAGAGCAACGUAUUUGGUGUGCAACUAUUCAGGAAAGGGUAAUUGGAUCGGUGAAGCUCCCUAUAAAGUGGGUGUUCCAUGCUCAAUGUGCCCUCCCAGUUAUGGUGGCUCGUGCAGCAACAACAUGUGUGUUCCUGCUGUGAACUCAAACUACCUGCACUGGUUUAAAUAACACACCCACACACACACACACACACACACACACACACACACACACACACACAAUUUUUUUCUCUAUUUCCCCUGGGAGGCUUUGCACAACAUUCCUGAUUUGUAUAUCUGGAUCUAUUUAAAAUAUAACCAUGAUUUGACAUUUAUUUUUUGCAUUCUGUUUUAAUGAUAAAUCCCUUAAAUUAUUUUGUUAAUACUUAUCUAAACUGUGUACUAAGAUGGCAAAAAAACAAAAAACACAAAGAAUAAUUUAGAGGCCGGUAAUAUGGAAGAAAUAUUAUAUUAGAAUACAUUUUUUUUUUUUUUUUUUUUACAAUAUUUUAUAUGUAUCAUGAUAUUUUUUUUGCUGAUAUUUGUUUUGUAAUUCAAAACAUCAUAAUGUCCAGUCAGUCACAGUGUGUUAAAGUCAAACCAAAAAAAAAGACACAAUAACUAAUUAUCAUUAUAUCACCCGCAUUUGAAGGCCUUGCAUUUUUGAACUGAGCAAAUCAAUUUGGCUAGAAAUUAUGACCCCUCAAUAUAUAUAUAGAGAGAGCUGUCUAUGGACAAGGGAAUGCUUAAAAUAUAUUGAAUUCACUUAAGUGUAUAGACUUAAAGGUUGGGUGCACGAUGUUUGAGAAAUGCUUCAGAAAACUAAGUCGGGCCGACUAACAAAACAAACGUGUAGCCAGUGAGCAGAAAGGGGCGUGUCUUGUCAAUAUGUGGUGGAGAGUGUGAUCAGUGCGCAUGUCAUUAGCAGAAAGCGAUUGAAACAUUGACAUGGCGGGUAAAAAGGAAAAGUGAAACGGAGCUAAACCUUUCACGGUACAACACACAGUACAACAAAAAAACACAUUCGUAUUACCAUAUUAUUACUUAUUGAGUUCAUUUAUUGAUAAAAAUAUCCCCUUUGCCAGCUGCCCCAGCAGGUUCUGCUAUAACAGUUGCCAGGGUUACGUAUGUAUAUGUGGGCGGAGCUAUCAAAACAGGGGUGACACCCAUUUGGGUUAGUGGUGUGUUUGUUUUGGUGAUUUCAAAUGUCAACAUUGGCUUUCGAACAUCGUGCACCCCACCUUUAAUAGCAACUUACAUUUGGGUUAGGUUGAGUUUGGUUUUACCAAAUUAUUGUCAGGACCUCAAAAUUUCAUAUAUGGUCCAAAAAUAACAGUUUAAAUCACAGUGCUUGAGAAAUAUAUUUGUUUAAGCAUAUUAUUACACACCUAAAAGUGCAAUCUGAAGUCUAAGUGCCUUUUAGUUAAAACUAUUUAUCGGCCAAAAUAAACUGUAAAUAUUUUUGUAUAAUAGUUAUUAAAUAAUUUUAACAUAUUUCUUUGUGAUUUUUUUUUAUCUUUAAUUAUUUAAGUUUAAUUUCUAUUGUGAUUUAAUUGUCCAGCUAUAGCACUCCUAUAGGAAAUACUGUAAAAAAAAAACGAGUAUAAAGGGUAUUAGUUUAUCCUGCAGAAAUUCUUUGCUUUCACACAAUUUAAUAAAUAUAUCAAGGCAGACAAAUUAAUUACAUUUCACUGUUCAAUGAUAGUUUAAACAGUUUCAUGCGCACUGACUGCUUUUAAAUGAAAGUUGUAUUUAUCGUUUUCUACCAGACUGCCCUUACUAUUGUAUUUGUAUUUUGUACUUCUAAAUAA